GUGAAAGUUGCGUGACUAGCGUGCGACGGCUUACUUCACUCUCUGCCAGGACCAGACUGAGUUCUGAAGUCCGCUUUCCAUCCCUUCUACCUGUCCUGCUCAUCAUGAAGCGCCUGGGCUCUGUGCAGCGCAAAAUACCGUGUGUGUUUGUGACGGAAGUGAAAGAGGAGCUCUCCACCAAAAGGGAGCAUCAGCCAUUUAAAGUUUUGGCAACUGAAACUGUAAGUCACAAGGCAUUAGAUGCAGAUAUAUACAGUGCAAUUCCAACAGAAAAAGUGGAUGGAACAUGUUGUUAUGUUACUACCUACAAAGGUCAGCCAUAUCUGUGGGCUCGACUAGAUAGAAAACCUAACAAACUAGCUGAGAAAAGAUUUAAAAAUUUUCUACAUUCAAAACAAAACUCAAAAGAAUUUUUUUGGAAUGUUGAGGAAGACUUCAAACCUGUUGCGGAGUGCUGGAUACCGGCAAAGGAAAUAGAACAGUUGAAUGGAAAUCCAAUGCCUGAUGAAAAUGGACACAUUCCUGGUUGGAUACCAGUGGAAAAAAGCAACAAACAGUAUUGUUGGCAUUCCUCUGUAGUUAAUUAUGAUUUUGAAAUCGCCCUGGUCCUGAAGCAGCAUCCUGAUGAUCCUGGUCUUUUGGAAAUUAGUGCAGUGCCUCUGUCUGAUCUGUUAGAACAGACACUGGAGCUUAUAGGAACAAAUGUUAAUGGAAACCCAUAUGGGUUAGGAAGCAAGAAGCAUCCAUUACAUCUUCUUAUACCACAUGGAGCAUUUCAAAUAAGAAAUUUACCAACCUUGAAGUACAAAGAUCUGUUGUCCUGGUUUGAAGGUUGCAGAGAGGGUAAAAUUGAAGGAAUAGUGUGGCACUGCAAUGAUGGCUGUUUAAUCAAGGUCCAUCGCCAUCAUCUUGGUUUAUGCUGGCCAAUUCCAGAUACUUACUUGAAUUCAAAACCAGUUACUGUGAACAUGAACCUGGACAAACAUGACUAUGCUUUUGAUACUAAGUGUUUAUUUUAUCAUUUUUCAAAAAUAGACCAUCAGAAAUUUAGUAGGCUCAAAGAUAUAAUACUUGACGUAUAAUCUGGAAAUG